ACCUUCCUCUUCUCUCCCUAUAUAAAUACCCCCCCUUCCCUUCCUCUGCUUCUCUCACCUCCGCAAUCAAACACAAUAACAAAUCAGAAAAAUAACUCGAACGUUAGUUAGUGUUACAGAACAACAAGAAUGUCUUGUACCGUUGCGAUUGCGAACUCACCUGUCUUCUCUCCGUCUAGGGUUUCCUCUUCUCGCUUCUGCAAAUCGUCUUCGUCACCAGAAACCAUAACCUCCCUAGCCCGCUCGCCUUCUUCUUCCUCUUUAUCGUCUUCUCCCUCGUCACCGUUGAGACUUAUUCGGCUUCAGAAAUUACCCAGUGGACUCAUUAGGGCUUCUAACGACGUCCCAUCUUCUUCGGUUACGAAUUCGACAUCGCCGACGCUGUUGAAGAGGAAGAGACCGGCGAGGCUGGAUAUUCCGAUUGUGUCGACGGGCUUUGGUAAUUGUCCAGCGACGCCGGCGGUGACGGAAGGGAGGAGGGAGAUGGAGAUCGAUGGAGAUGGGUAUUCGGUGUAUUGUAAGAAAGGAAGGAGAGAGGCCAUGGAAGAUCGUUACUCGGCUGUAGUCGGUCUUCAAGGAGAUUCUAAACAGGCUUUUUUUGGUGUAUUUGAUGGGCAUGGAGGAGCACUAGCUGCUGAGUUUGCAGCAGAGAAGUUAGACAAGUACAUUUUAGAUGAAGUGGGCAAAAGAGAUGAAAAUGAAAUUGAGGAGGCUGUUAAAGAUGGUUACCUGAAGACAGAUACAGAGUUUCUAAAAGGGGAGCUUCGCGGUGGGUCCUGCUGUGUGACGGUAUUGAUCAGAAGGGGCAAUCUUGUGGUAUCUAAUGCUGGUGAUUGUCGUGCUGUUAUGAGCAGAGGAGGAAUUGCUGAGGCCCUUACAUCAGAUCACCGGCCCUCAAGGAAUGACGAAAAGGAUAGAAUUGAGACCCUGGGUGGCUAUGUCGAUUGUUGCUCGAAUGGUGUUUGGAGAAUUCAGGGUUCUCUGGCUGUGUCCAGAGGGAUUGGAGAUCGGCACCUUAAACAGUGGAUAACAGCUGAGCCCGAAACAAAAAUCCUUAGAAUCAAAUCUGAUCACGAGUUCUUAAUACUUGCUUCUGAUGGCUUAUGGGAUAAGGUCACUAAUCAGGAAGCAGUAGAUAUUACUCGUGCUAUGUGCUUAGGCAUCGAUAAGCCAGAACCACUAUCAGCCUGUAAAAAGCUUGUUGACCUCUCUGUUUCGCGAGGCUCUGCUGAUGAUAUAAGUGUGAUGCUAAUUCAAUUGGGACGCUUUUAUUGAUCGUCUCACCAUUGCUAAAGAAAAAACAAUCUAACAACAGCGUGAAGGAAACUUUUUUUUUCCCAAUCCCACCUGCAAACUUUUUUCUCCGAAGGAGGUUGCAACAGUAGGAAGCAUUGGGCAUGGCUCUCUUGUUACAAUUUUUCUUCUUAUUACUAUUUAUUUAUCUACUAUUGUAGUAGUGUUUAGGACACACAAACUUUGAUGGAAAUGCUAUUUACAGUUUAGAUGAUGACGAAAGGCGGUGUAGAGCAAUUAUUUGACCAUUUUUGUAGGAUUGUUGCAUCUGUAAAUUUAAAGAAAAUGACAGUUAGAUAUUUUUUCAUAUCUUUCUUUUUCAAUUUCAUUGUUUGUUCAUAGAGCUUUACGACCCCGAGUGUAAUUUGCAUAUCGGUUGCUUAUACUCAGUAGAGCUUUCUGCAAGUUUGAUUGGUGUGUCGUGCAGGAUUGGAUGGUAAAUGAGUUUGUUUUCGG